UGCGCUCCCGGAACCUUUAACAUAUGUUCACUAUGUUCCGGGGGGGGGGGGGGAAGUAUUUCAGCGACGUACUGGUGCUGCAUUAAAAAACACGUUUCCUGUCGCAUCAGUUUGUAGAGAAAGCAAACAACAUUCACGUCGCUUAAAGUUAUGGCCGAGACCACCGCGGAGGACCAGCAGAGCUACGAGGAGAUGUUUGCUGACAGAUUCACAUCGGAUGAUAAAGAGUACCAGCAGUAUGUGGACCGUCCAGCGGACCCCCCACCCAUCAUAGAGGACUGGAGGAGCCGGGGAGGAGGAAACCACAGAGGCAGGGACAGAUACCAGGACCGUCGAGGAGGUCGUGGGUGGGGAGGAGGAGGAGGAGGAGGAGGAGGCCGAGGUUGGGGAAGAGACCGAGAUAGGAGAGGAGACCAGGGUUGGGGAGGAGACAGGGGUUGGAGAGGGGAUCAGCGUGGGCAGCAAAACUGGCAUGACCGAGACAGAGACCGAAGCCGAUCAAGAGACAGAGACCGAGACCGAGACAGGCACUCAGGACAUGGAAGUGGGAAUCAACCAGGCCAUCCAAGCUCCAACCAAGGAUACAACUCCCAUCAUCAGAGACCACAUUAUGACCGCUACUGAUCUCUGCUCUAAUCUCUCAGGUGUUGUCAGUAUUUCUAGUAUUCAGUCUUAUGACUUGCAUUGCAAUACCAUAUGUGGCAAUGUGCAACUGUUGAUUUUUUUUGUGUGACUCUCAUUGUCCCAGUCUCAUAAGCAAGGGCUGAGCAAUAUAUCAAUAUUAAUAAUUUACCAUUGUAAUUGUGGAAUUUUGUGUGUUAUUGUGACACAGUUUUGUCUGAAUCAAAAAACAAAGCAAAUACGUAGUCAGAUUUUCCCCAAAAUAACUUCUGAAAUUUGACGGCAGAAAAUUUACCAAUCCUAUUUGACUUCCACUUCCCUUUUCCAUACCUAAACAGUUAUUUUUUUUCCCAUAUUACUUCAUAUUGCUCAGCCCUGUAAUCACAUUACAUUUUCUUAUUACAUUUUUGGUAAUGAUAAUAAGGACUUACUUACAGUUUUCUAUGCUACAACUCUCGUUGAAAAUGACACUGAAAAUAACAUGUAAUUCUCUUUUAAUAUUUCAGAUAUGCAGGCUGUCUUUAACAAUAUUUGAUUGUUACAUUAUAAGUGGCCGUUGUUUUAUGUUCAGAUAGUUUUGCAGCUACAUCUUUACAUGCUUUGGUCUCAGAUGGUUAAAAUUAUACAGUGCAGUAUUGUUGCAAACAGUGAAUUUCAGAGAAAAUCUGUUUGCAGCUUUAUUUUUCUUUGUCACAUUAUGUAAGGAUACUGAUGAACUGAACUGUUUUCAAUAAACAUGUAUUUUCUUA